CAGCAUUCAAUACUCGACAUGCAACAAUCAACAAUAUUGAUUAUUUUUGUUUCCUUUUAAACUGAAACUACGUGUGGAAACUAAACAGGAAAACAAUUUCUGAAAGAAAAUGUUGAAAUUCGGAGCACUAGUUCGACUAUCAAGCCACCUCAAACCGGUUCGUCAGCAGAAUACGAUUACACGAUUUUACAGCGAUGAAGCACCAAAGAUUUUAAUCACAGGUGGACUUGGUCAGUUAGGCAGAGGACUUGCUCAGUUAAUGAGGAACAAAUAUGGUAAAGAAAGUGUCAUCUUGUCUGAUGUUGUCAAAGCUUCAGCUGAAGAAUGUGAAAAAGGUCCAUUCAUUUACGCUGAUAUACUGGACUAUAAGAAUCUUCAGUCAAUCGUAGUUAACAAUCAGAUAACAUGGCUGGUUCAUUUCAGUGCACUGCUUAGUGCAAUUGGUGAGAAAAAUGUCCAGGAAGCAUUGAAAAUAAAUGUGAUAGGUUUUCACAAUGUCAUUGAAUUGUGUCGUCAGUAUGGACUGCGAUUGUUCUGUCCAAGUACCAUUGGUGCUUUUGGUCCAGAGACCCCAAAGAACCCGACGCCAGACGUAACCUUGCAACGACCGACAACAAUUUAUGGUGUAUCAAAGGUUCAUGUGGAACUAUUGGGAGAGUACUACAAUUACAAGUAUGGUCUGGACUUCAGAUCUGCACGGUAUCCUGGAGUGAUAUCUGCUGACACAGCCCCAGGUGGAGGAACCACAGACUAUGCAGUUCAUAUCUACCAUGAGGCCUUGCGAACAGGCAAAUACCAGAUAUACCUCAGACCUGACUCAUGUAUGCCAAUGAUUUACAUUGACGACUGCCUACGUGGUACCCUGGAGCUACUGGAGUGCCCGGAAGAGAAGCUAAAGAGACGAAUAUACAAUAUGCAAGGCAUUAGUUUUACACCACAGGAACUGGUUGAGAGUGUCCAGGAGGUUGUGCCUGAUCUUCAAGUAGAGUACGAAGUUGAUCCUUUGAGGCAAUCAAUUGCUGAUAGCUGGCCUGAUGUUCUUGAUGACACAAAUGCCCGCAAUGACUGGAACUGGAAACCACAAUAUGAUUUACCCAAAAUGACUAAAACUAUGUUGGAUAUUUUAAAACCAAAGUACAAAUAGGAAAAAGAGAAUAUCCUUUACAGCAUGCGAGAGAUUAACCUAAACUAAUAGAGAAUAUGACUCCUAAUUUAUCAUGCCCCACUAACCCAUACUAGUAUUAUAGGUUAGCAGGUACAACCAUGUAUUUGUCCAGUAUCUCUACUCUCAUAUUGCAGUCUGUGAUGGAUCAUGUGUAUAUCACAGACUGCAAUAUGAAACUGGAUGUAAAUACUUCUGAGGGGGAUACCUUGUGUAAAACUGGUGAACUCAGUGGGUAAAACACAUUUGAGUACAUCAUUUUUGAGCACUAAGGGAGCCAUAGAUUAUGUUUUAGCCAGUGGCAAUUUCUGUUUUAUGAUCAUUAAAAUGGUUAGCUUUGAAAGAUCUUUCUCCUUGUAAACAGAUUAAUACACAUAUAUUUACAUAAUAUACAAUCGCAAACCCACAUUAUCAUUGUCAAUCCAAAAAGGUUUCUGGCUUAAAUUCUGUUACAGUAUCAAAGAACUCUGCAGUGUAUAUGUACACAAUAUGUUUU